CGUCUUAAUAUUUGGCGCGCAGUUUUCAAGAUGGCCGACAACAAACCCCUCCAAAAUAUAAUAUCAAUUGUGGAUUUUUUUAACAUUUGAGACUAUCUAAAAAUGGUAGAAUCAUCGAUCGACGAUCCUAGUUCCCCAACAGCACUUCUGCAUAAGCUAUGCUGCCGACUUCUGAGAAAAGAAAGUGAUUCGAAAGAAAUAUCCCAGCACUACCAGUAUGCUCUCAGAGUUGUGGGAAGUCGUUUUGCUCCAACUGUAGCCACAGAUGAGUUCAGAGUGGUGGAAAGGAUUAAAAGAAAAUUGCUCAAGGAGAAAAGAGAGGUUGACAUUGCUGUUUUUUCUGAGUUGUACCGCAAGCUUGCCUCACAACCUGUCCUUCAAAACAGAUGGGCCAUUCUUUACUUUUUGCUGAGCAUCAGUGAAAGUUCUUUGACUGAACAAUCACAUGGCCAGCCCGCAGGAGCCCCUUCUUUCUUUGGUCGUGGACUGCCAACCUAUCUGACAUCCACCCCUGCAGUGUCCCUUGGUGUCUCUGGUCGUACUCCUGGUAUCUUGUCCACAACCCAUGGCUCCGAAAGCAGCAGUGGUAUCAGUAGCAUACCCUCAAGAUCAUCUGAUCCCACUCCUACACCGUCAUCAUUUGCUCCAAAUUAUGGACCUACACCCUCGGUGCAUUUUGCUGAUGAAGUGAUGACGCAGCAAACAAGUGAUGGAUCUCGCCUGGCAAGUCUUGUUGUGCAGUCACUUAACGUGACUCAGAACAGGUUGCCCAUUUCUGGGCAGUCAGCGGCAGUGACACCUGGAACUGGUGGUGUUGUGCGAUUCAUGAGCUAUGGAAAUGACACACAAAAUACAUCUUAUGAAGUGUCAGAAGCUGCUCUGCUUCGUGAGAUUAUCUACAUCUUCCAGGGAAUUGAAGGAAAAGUGAUCAAACUUGACCAGUCAAAUGAUGCAUAUCGCAUUGAUUCCAAACUUGGUGUUCCAAGAGCUGUCCGAGAUCUUGUGAACAAAUUAGCUGAGUUAGGGUGGCUCUUUCGCAAGAUACGCAAGUACUUGGAUGCACACGCAGGUGACAAGGCUAUGGGGCUUGUGGGUCAGAGUUUUUGUGCUGCACUGCAGCAAGAGCUCACUGAAUACUACAGGUUAUUGGCUGUUCUUGAGGGCCAGCAUCAAGUUGGAGAUGCAGGAUUUGUGGGGGAAGGGGCUAGUGGAAGUCUUACCCUGCGCCGACUGAUGGUAUGGACAUAUGAUCCGCUGAUGAGACUGAGGACUCUUGCUGCACUAGUUGAUGCCUGUAAAGGAAAGAAAGGUGGAGCUCUGUUGUCAGCCCUUCAUUCCAAUAUGCAACAUGGUGAUCCAUUUGUCAAGUCACUGGUCAGGCAUACUCUAAAUUUGGUUGCUCGUCCAAUCCGCCUCAUUCUUGAUAGAUGGAUUUAUGAGGGUGAACUGGAUGAUUUAUAUAAUGAGUUUUUUGUGGCUGUUGACUAUGACACUAAAGAUGAUCGUUUGUGGUAUGAAAAAUACAGUAUAAGAAAACCGAUGUUACCAUCAUUUAUCUCCAUGGAACUUGGGACGAAGAUUCUAAACAUUGGAAAGUCCAUCAACUUUAUCCGCCGUGUUUGUGAAGAUCGUAGCCCAAUCAGAGGGGGAGAUGAAAAGGCUCUAGAGUACAGUAGAUCACAAGAAGCAUCAGCUUCAGCCCAGUUGACAGCUGAUGAAGAGUUUGGAGGUACAGCACUUCUGGAAACAGUAGACACUACCUAUAGGCUAACAAGCAAACGGUUGUUGGAGAUUUUCUUCUCUAAGUACAAGUUCCUUGACCAUUUGAGGGCGCUGCGACUCUAUCUUCUUCUGGGACAAGGAGAUUUUAUCAGGCAUCUUAUGGACCUUCUUGAGUCGGACUUAGCCAAACCAGCCAGUACUCUGUACAUGCACAACUUGACAGGUGUGUUAGAGACUGCUAUAAGGGCUACCAAUGCACAGUAUGCAGACCCUGAGAUCAUUGAAAGACUGGACUGUCGACUGCUUGAAGUAUGUCAGCCAAAGUUGUUAUAAUUUUUUUUUUUGCCGCAUUUGAGUCUGUAGUUAUACAGUCCAGGGCUGUCAUUGAGUUUUGACUCACCUGUAGCCCUGAUCUUCGCCCAUGACAAAUUUGGCACUUCAUGGUCUCAACUACAGCCAAGUUCACCCGUAACAACAAGGGUCCAUCAAGAAUGCUCAGCCGUAACAGGUGCUAUAGGUUAACACUUGUCUCCCUUACUGACAGCCCUGUAAAGCCCAGCUCCUAAUUUGCUGUAGCUCAAUGCUAGAGCAGUCAGACUGAGCUUUUAUUGUAGCUGAAACAUCACAAAAAUAAUUUGGAGAAACUGUUGAUAGAGUUGCUCCCAGCUUUCUUUUAACAUCAAGACUGCAAUAAACGCUGAUACUUAAAAGCCAAU